AUGUUGAAUAACACUAAUAUUCUAAAGAAAAAAUAUACACGAGAAGAAAUCGCUCGACGUAUUGUUAAAGAUGACGACCUACUUAUUAUUUAUCAAAAUAAAGUCUAUCGUCUUAAUACUUGGAUUAAAUAUCAUCGCGGUGGUGAAUUGGCUAUUUUACAUAUGAUUGGUAAAGUUGCUACUAAUGAAAUAAAUGCUUAUCAUUCGGAUCAUAUGCUACAGAAUAAACUACCUUUAUAUUAUUUUGGUGAUAUUGUCGAUGAAGAUCAUGAUCAUUUUCAUUCACUUAUUUCUCCUAUUGAAUAUUAUUAUAAACGAAAUGAAUUCAAUAAUCAUUAUAUUUUAAUAGAUGAAACUUCAAAAACUUCAUUUAAAAUUUCGAUUUCUUGUUUUUUCGAUUGUAAUUAUUUUGAUUAUAGCUGGGAAUGUAUUCGAUAUUUAUUACUUGCAUUUUUUGCUACAUAUGUUUUUAUUGGAGCAACAUCAUCAUGGCAUUAUUAUCUAUCAGCAGCAUUUCUUGGUGCUCUUUGGCAUCAAUUGACAUUUACAGCACACGAUGCCGGCCAUUUAGCUAUAACACAUUUAUAUCGAAUUGAUUCGUUUAUUGGAAUUUUUAUUGGAAAUUUAUUAGGUGGAAUAUCUAUCGGUUGGUGGAAACAUCAUCAUAACAUUCAUCAUCUUGUUACAAAUUCAUCGGAGCAUGAUCCAGAUAUUCAACAUUUCCCAUUCUUUGCUGUAGCGUCACGUUUUGUUCAAUCACUUUAUUCGACUUAUCAUAAACGUAUUCUUCGUUAUACUUGGCUUGCAUCAUGUUUAAUUCCAUUUCAACAUUUAACUUAUUAUUUAAUUAUGUGUUUUGCGCGUUACAAUUUACAACUUCAAUCCUAUAUUUAUUUAUAUAAAUAUCCUUCUUCACCAUAUCGUUCUAUUGAAAUAUGUUGUAUUUUUAUUUUGUGGUAUUGUUAUAUCAUUUUAUUAUCGUAUAUUCCAACGUAUACACAAUGUUUUAUUUAUAUGCUUAUAUGCAAUACUAUAACGAUGCCAUUACAUGUUGAAAUCACAUUAUCACAUUUUGAUAUGUCAACAGAGGAUUGUGGGCCAUGUGAAUCAUUUCCAUCGAAAAUGCUUCGAACAACAAUGGAUAUUGCAUAUCCAACAUGGUUAGAUUUUUUUUCAUGGUGGUCUUCAAUAUCAAGCUGUUCAUCAUUUAUUUCCACAGUUUUAACAAUUUCAAAAGUUUUAGAAUAUCUUGUUAAAUAUGGAAAAAUUACUGAAGGAAUUUUAAAGAAUGCUCAAAUAUUUAUACGUGAAAAUCAAACUCAAUUACCUGCAUUAAAAACUGAAAUUGAAAAUAAAAGUAUUAUUCCUAUUCUUCAACGAUUUCAAAAAAUUAUGAAAGAAAAAAAGUAA